AUGGAGAAAGUCGAUUUUGACCUGGCCAUCAUCGGCGCUGGUGUUGCUGGCAUCAAUGCAGCCUAUCGCUUCCAGUCCGAGGGCCCCAAAGGCAUGACCUACGCCAUCUUGGAAAGUCGCAAUGCCAUUGGUGGCACAUGGGACUUGUUCCAGUAUCCUGGCAUCCGGUCAGACUCGGACAUUUUCACUUUUGGCUUCGAAUGGAACCCCUGGCAAAAGCAAGAGACGCUCGCCAUGGGCCCGGAGAUUAAGCAAUACAUGGAACGCUCCGCCAAAGACAAUGGCAUCGACGAGCAUAUCCGGUUCAGACACAAAGUCACAGCUGCUAACUGGAGCCCAAGGAAGAAGUGCUGGGAGUUGACAGUGGUAGUCAACGGUGACGCUGAGAGCCCCGUCUUUUACACGACACGGUUUAUAUACCUUGGCACCGGCUACUACGAUUACGAAGAACCAUUACAGACGACAAUAACAGGUAUAGAAAAAUUUCAGGGCAAAGUCAUUCACCCCCAAUUUUGGCCCAGCGACUACGACUACAAUCGCAAGGAGAUGGUUGUGAUUGGAUCCGGUGCUACGGCUAUCACCAUUGUCCCUACCGUCUCUGACAAAGUCAAGCAUGUCACGAUGCUGCAGCGCAGCCCGACAUAUGUGAUGCCCUUGCCAAAUCGUGGUCUGCUCGUCGUUUUCCUCUUCAAGCUCUUCCCCCGCCGCAUGGCACACUGGCUCAAUCGCUGGGUCUGGAUCAUCCAAGUCUACGCGCUGAUUCAGCUGUGCAGUGUUGCACCUAGUCUUGUCAAAAGAUAUGUGCGCUAUGAAAACGAGAAACAUCUGCCGCCCCGCGUCAGCUGGGAUCCUCACUUUAACCCUCGGUACAAGCCUUGGGAGCAACGCAUGUGCGCUUCCAUGGACGGCGAUUUGUUUGCCGCCUUGAGAAGCGGAAAAGCUAGUGUCGUGACGGACACCAUUGACACCGUGACUGAACGCAGCAUCAAGCUCACCUCUGGUCAGGAGCUGCACCCAGACGUUAUUGUCACAGCGACGGGGCUACGCCUACUUUUCGGCGGCGGCAUCACCUUUACCAAUGACGGAGAGGAAGUCACAGUGGCGGACCGGUUCCUGUGGAGAGCGGGCAUGCUGCAAGACACGCCCAACUUAUUCUUCACCGUCGGAUUUGAAAACGCGUCGUGGACUUUAGGAUGCGACUGCGCAGUCUAUGUCAUGAUUCGUGUCAUCAAACAGAUUGAAGAAGCCAACGGCACAUUUGCGUAUCCGUACAUGGAAAAGGAGCGCGCCGAAGCAAUGUCUCUGCAUCCUCACUUUACGCUUCAGGCGACCUAUCUCAAAGGUGCGUAUGAAAAGAUGCCAAAGGGCGGAACGGGCGUAUGGGCUCCAAGGGACAACUAUAUGCGUGGGCUUUGGCAGGCAAAGUAUGGUGACGUCAAGACAGAUUUGGUCAUAAAAUGA